UCGAUGAGGAGGAGCCGGCAGUUCUCAGUGAUUGUUAUGGCCAAAUAUGCCUAUGGCCGAAGAGCCAAAUGCGUUUGAUGACGGAGGGGGACACCACACCACGGACAACACUGGUAGUCGUCGUGCUGGCGCCACGUGAUCCCACCGGCGCACAACAAGAAGAGCCGAACAAAGACGAUGAUCUUGACGAUGAUAUCCAAGCCGACCAGUUCCUCAACACUUCGUUUGGCGAUGGUGACUUCUUCAUGCCCGUUGAAGAAACCAACCAGCAUGACGGGGACGCUAAUCGCGCGGAGAAACCCACUUGCGCCGCGCGUCUCUUCCCUUCUUCUCAGGAGAUGUCUCCUGCAGCUUGCGCCUUCACCGAGCCUCAAGCAGUUGCCAUCAAGAGAUCUAUUAUAAGCCCGUCCACACUCCGUAACGCGGCCACUGAGCAGAUAAAGGCCGGUGACUGCUCGAAACCCGAAAAGAAGAAGGGACGGAAAAGAAAGAAGGGCACUUCGAGCAGCCAACCUCCGAUGCCGAUCCGGGCUCAGGACGGACCACCAAGACCCAAUGAUCUCUCAUGGGAAAUUCAUGUGGCAGGUAGGCCGAUGCUACCUAAGAAUAUGCUCGAGCUUGCAACUUCGGAUAUGCAGCAAGUGCAUGACAAUAUUAUGACAUUAGAGAAGAUGCUUCUUCGAAAAAAGAAACCCUCGUACCCGGUUUUCAUGGCCAAGGUGCCACUUAACAUGGGCUUCAUCACCAGUGUCCCCGUGGAUAUGAUAAUCCUGUGGUUUUCAGAAAUCUUUAAUUAGUUUCAUCUGAAGCGGCUAGACCAUAGCCUUAUCCGUCUCUUUCUCGCUCAGAUGUCUAUGAGUAUCAAAAGAGAUCAGACCCCGAGCGUCGCGAUAUUGGACCCCUUCUACAUGCGUGAAAGCGUCUUGAUGGACGACGGGGACACGUCUCUCGUGGCGGGGUACAUCAAAGAAUUCAUGCUAGAGAACACGAGCAAGGAUUUAUUUCUCACGACCUACUCUCCCAAUGAGGAUCAAGACUGCGUGCUCAUCUGCUUUUCACUGAAACACUCGCAUGCCGUGUAUUUAGAUUUGGCGAGUGCGAGGAAGAAAGAUUACAAGUAUAUCAUGAGAGUUUUGGACCAUGCUCUUGCCGGCUACAAAGAAGCCGGAGGCAAGAUCGUGAAGCACAAGUUCAGCAAGCAUCAGUCUGGCGUGAGCGUGUUCAACCACGUAACGCAGUUCCCGUGCGUCAAGCAGCCGGCUGGCAGUGUGAGGGAUGCCUACUGCGCCCUCCAUCACAUGCGGGCGAUUGUACAGGACUAGCGCAACCUUACGCUGCCAAGUCAUCUCAAACCGUGGGCCGAACAGAGGGUGGCAAUCGCCGAUGCAAAUCUUAGGCAGGAGUUCUUUCACAUCCAGGGGAGAUGGCGACUAUCAUCUUUCGUGAAGUCCAAGUGAAGGGGCCGAUCUUCCACUCCAACAUUGUACCGUCCAAUGGGGAGAUAGAAGCCCGCCUAAAGGCCAUGCGUGACACAAGGCCUUUCAUGAUGAAAGAAGGCUUCCGCCCAUUCCCUGAGCCGAGUCAAAACAAGUGAACAAUUGGUGUUAUGGCCGUUUGAUAAAUGUGCGCCCUACAUGUAAUUUGAUGUACUCUUUAUGUACUAGAUGGUAGUGUCAAAUAGUCCUGGUGCUCUUUGUGUAUAAAGGUCACUGCAUGCAUAUCUGCAUGCUCUCCUGGCCAUUGCUUUGCUCAUGGCUAGUAUAUAUUGUUGGGCAUUGUGUUGUUGAUAGGAAUAGAUGCUAUGUGUUGUCCUUUGCAAUGAAUUCAUAUGGAUGUGGCCUCUAAA